AUCUUAGAUGUGGGAAACGCGGCGAAAAGUUGUGAACGCUAAGUAGUGGGUUAAGAAAUGAGAAUCUGUAAUAAUCCAUAAAACGCGUAGUUGCUCAACUUUUAAAUUAAUUCAUAAUGAUUCUAAAAAAACUUGUUGUAUUGUUUCUUGUAAUUUUACCUGUUGUGAUAUAUUCAACUAGCAACGGAUUUGUAAAUGCUGAUAUUGACAUUCCUGACGAUGAUGAAGAAUCGGAAGCAGAUGUAGAAGAUUUACAACCAGAUUCAGAUAGUGCUGUGAUAGGCAAGGGUGAUGCAUUGGAUGAAGAGUCUGAUGACACUGCUCUGAAAACUUCACCUGAUGCCGAUACGACCUUUAUCUUUACGCAACCUGCUGGAUUAGGAUUAGAAUUACCUGCUGGAAAAGAUGUCCAUUUCUUGGUUGGUUUUGCAAAUCGAGGCUCAAAAGAUUUUACAGUUGAAGCUAUGGAUGCAUCCUUCCGCUACCCAUUAGAUUUCACUUUCCACAUUCAAAACUUCAGCACCAUUCCAUAUAAUAGAGUUGUUAAGCCAAAGCAAGAAAUCUCUCUCUACUAUGCAUUUUAUACCAGUGAAACAUAUAGUUCCCGUCCUUUUGGCUUAGUUGUUAACUUGUAUUAUAAAGAUUCUGACGGUCGUCAGUAUUUAGAUGCUGUAUUUAAUGAAACUAUCACCAUAGUAGAAAUAGAAGAAUCCCUUGAUGGAGAAACGUUUUUCUUGUAUGUUUUGCUAGCAGCUUGUGCAGUUCUUAUUCUAGUUGCAAUACAGCAAUUUUUAGUUUCAUUUACGAGAAAGAAAAUAUCUUCAGGCCAAAAAAUUGAAACAGGGACUCAAAAUCAUCAAAAUGAUGUAGAUUAUGACUGGUUGCCUAAAGAAACUUUAAAUGAACUUAAUAAAUCUCCACGGAGAGCUGAGCGGUUAUCACCGAGAAAGCCAAAACAAAAUCAGAAAAAUGCACAGACUUCUCCAAAGCAGCAAACUCCAAAAGAAUUCAAUCAGAGGCGAGCAAAACGAGGAGUUGGUGUUAAAGAUGAAUGAUAGAUUUUAUAUAUGUGCAGUUGAACAUAAGUUGUAUUGCCAAUUUGUGUUAAUUAAAAUAUGGAAUGUGGUUUUUUAAA